UAUAAUAAUAUGUACAUACGACUACUGCAAUGGUCCUAGAGUACUGGUUUUCAUUCUAGUUCAAGUUCAAAUUCACCAGACUAAACAUCUUAGAAGUUUUCGCAUGUGUUACAACAAAACUAAACGAUAUGGAAACAAGCAUAGCUGAAUCGUUUAAGGAUGGGACCGUAUUUGUUACUGGAAGUACAGGGUUUUUGGGGAAAAUACUCACUGAAAAAUUACUCAGAUCUUGUUCAUUAAAAAAAAUUGCACUUCUUGUUAGAAGUAAGAAAGGAUUCGAUUCAAGUCAAAGGGUUGCAGGUAUCUACAAUGAAUCUAUGUUUGACCGCCUUCGAGUUGAAAAGCCCGACUUCAUGAAUAAGAUAAAAAUGAUUGAUGGUGAUUUGGAACAACCCUCACUAGGUUUAUCACCAAAAGAUCGUGAUUGGUUGAUAGAGAAUGUGAAUUUCGUUUUUCACUGUGCUGCAACAAUCAAAUUCAAUGAAAAUCUUCAGAUAGCAACAAGAAUAAACAUACAGGGAACAGAUAAUAUUUUAACACUUGCAACGAUGAUGAAAAAUCUUAAGGGUCUUGUACACGUAUCGACCGCUUAUUCACAUUGCCCGAGGAAUGUAAUUAAAGAAGAAUUCUAUCCCACUCCAAUUACGGCCAAGGAACUGAAAAAUAUGUCCAAAGACGAAAUUUCAUGUCCAAAUAUCUUAAACAAUUGGCCCAAUACAUACACGUUUACUAAAGCAAUCGCAGAAAAUUUGAUGUCGAGCAAUGACAAUCAAUUGCCAAUUUCAAUAUUUCGUCCAUCAAUUAUUGGAUGCACAAAGUUAGAACCUAAUCCUGGUUGGUUGGAUAAUAUUAAUGGACCAUCCGGUAUAGUUACCGGAGUCAUAGCUGGAUUUUUAAGAACGAUACAGCUUGACAAAAAUAAAAUGGCUGAUAUUAUUCCAGUUGAUUAUACAGUAAAUGCAUUGAUCAGUGUUAUGUGGGAUACAGUUAACAGACAUCGACAUUCCAAUCAAAUGAACAAGGUACCAAAAAUAUAUAAUUACGUUUCUAGUGUUGAAAGCCCGUUGACCUGGGGUAAAUAUAUAAAAGAAAUGCAAGAAAAUUAUUUUGACAUUCCUCCGUUGAGAUCGAUUUGGUAUAUGUUUUAUAUUUCCCAUACCAAUUCAUUAGUUAGCACAAUUCUGAGAUUUUGGCUACAUACGAUACCGGCUGCAUUUGUGGAUUUGUUAUUAAUUAUAAGUGGUCAAUCUCCCAAAAUGCUUAAAACGUAUUCAAAAAUUGAAAUUGCGUUGGAUUUGCUUCGUGAAUUUACUACUAGACAGUGGUCAUUUGAUAAUAAAAAUACUGUAGACCUGUGGUUGUCACUAAGUAAAGAAGAUCAGAAGACGUUUUGGUUCAGCUUUGAAGAUUUCGACUGGAAAACCUAUAUAAAAAUCUAUUAUUUGGGGAUCAGGAAACAUAUACUUCACGAAGACCUGAGUAAUAUAGAAAAGGCUGUAACAAAAAAUCGAAAAUUAUUCUGGCUGCAUAAUUUGUGCAUUGUUUUUAUUAUUUAUCUCCUACUACAAUUUUUGUAUUGGAUGUUUAUAAUAUAAAGCGUACUUACCAACAUAUACGAAUUUUACUCACGCAUCAAUAAUACUUCUACAGAUUAUGAUCAUGAAACAAACCAGCUGAUGUUUGAACUUGAAAUGAAUAACUUCCUAAUACAUCUUUAUUUUAUUUAUUAUAUGUUUAUUUUCAAUUUAAUUAGUAAGUAGUAGGUAUUAACCUGUAAUGGAUUAUUUAUAGAAUGUAUACUUCAUUGUACAAAGUUUAAUAUUGUUAAUACGAAAUUAAAUUGUUCUUCGUAAUACGUUUGCUUGCCUAAAUAAUCAUUAUUCACCUGGUUGUUAUAAGAUUCAUAAGCAAUGUAAAUCUGAUUUUUUU